CAAUAAUUUAUUUUAUAUAUUAGUUUUAAAAAAUAAAAAUAAAAAGUGCAAGAACCAAGAAACUAAAAUCGAGCAACUGCAACAGAAACAGAAAUAUCUCUGACACUGACUUUGAACUCGAACAAGAAUAUAUAUAAAGAUAUAUAUAUAUAUAUAUAAAAUAAAAGAAGUAACUGUAACUGUCCAGUAGUGUGCAAAAAAGUGAAAGUGAGGCGAGAACUGAAGCUGUGUGAGUGUGUGGGGCAAGAGAAGAGAUGCACGUGGCACACUCGAAGGCAGGACGUUCACAAUAGAGGCGCCACCAGAAACAUUUAAAUAAUCAUUAGUGAAUAGACCAGCAACUCAACAUAAUCAGCAACUGGACAAAUCGAAUCAGAAGAAGCAUUAAAUUAAAAUAAAAAAUAACACCAAAGCAAGGAAAAAAAGAAAAUAACUUGAAAUAGAAAGCCAUAGAUUUGGUUUUCUAUAAAAGAACAAUUUUUUGUCGCAAGGGGCAAGAGAAAAGCCGCCAAAAUACGCAAGAAGGUGACCUCGAAGAAGGCCAGCGUUGUGUCGGUUGACGACGAUCACAACAACAACAACAACCACAACAACGACCACAACGCUCGGCAGCCAACACCAACCCCAAUCACUACCACUACACCAACACCCAUCCUUUCAAAAUCAAUCAUAACAACAACAACAACAACAAGAACACCAACACCAACUGCAACACCAACAUCAAUUACACCAACAGCCACACCAACUCCAGCACCAACACCGGAUUCGAUUGAACAGGAUCCGUUAUAUCGUCGUACCGUUAGCUAUUUUCACGAACAGGAUCAGGAGCUGGAGGAUCAAACAGCCGACAUGGACGAUACACAGCACUUUUGUUUGCGUUGGAAUAACUACCAGAGCAGCAUCACCUCGGCAUUCGAGAAUCUGAGGGACGAUGAGGCGUUUGUGGAUGUAACGCUGGCCUGCGAGGGACGCAGCAUUAAGGCACAUCGCGUUGUACUCUCAGCCUGCAGUCCCUAUUUCCGUGAGCUGCUUAAGAGUACUCCCUGCAAGCACCCGGUUAUAUUACUGCAGGAUGUUAAUUUUAAUGACCUGCAUUCCUUGGUGGAGUUCAUCUAUCAUGGCGAGGUUAAUGUUCAUCAAAAGUCCUUGCAGUCCUUCCUCAAAACAGCCGAGGUCCUGCGUGUUUCAGGAUUAACACAACAACAGGCCGAGGAUACACAUAGCCAUUUGGCUCAAAUCCAGAAUCUGGCCAAUGCCGGCGGACGUACACCAUUAAAUUCGCACGCUCUAUCCCAUCCACUGCCCCAUCAUGGGGCAUCGUUGCACGACGAUGGUGGCGCCUCCACAUUAUUUAGCCGCCAGUCGGCGGGAUCACCGCCACCACCGUCGGUACCCUCGCUCAACACUCACAUCAACAAUCAGCUGCUGAAGCGUAUGGCGAUGAUGCAGCGCAGCAGUGUGGUGGCCGAGGAUGCUGCCACCCAUGCCCUGAAACGUUUGCGUGGCUCUGAUAAUGGUCUGCCCGGUUCCGGUAAUGCCGGUGGCGGUAGCAACAACAAUAGUCCCGACUUGCCGCCGUUCCAUACCCGCAGCGCCUCGCCCCAGCAGACACCGGCCGAUUUUAGUACCAUCAAGCACCACAACAACAACAAUACACCGCCGCUUAAGGAAGAGAAACGCAAUGGACCCACUGGCAACGGAAACUCUGGCAACGGCAAUGGCAAUGGAGCGAGCAACGGCAAUGGAAUCUCUAUCAGCGACAAACUGAGCAGCCUAACACCCUCGCCCCUGGCCCGUUCCGGUGCCGAUGAUGUCAAGUCCGAGCCCAUGGAACUGGUCUGUUCCAACAACAAUGCCAAUGCCCAGGACGAGCACAGUAAUGAUUCCACAGGCGAGCACGAUGCCAACCGUUCCAGCAGUGGUGAUGGCGGCAAGGGCUCACUGAGCUCUGGCAAUGAUGAGGAAAUCGGUGAUGGACUUAAUGCACACCAUAACGCCCCGCCGUUUAUAAUGUCACCGGCAGAUAGCAAGAUGUUCCCAACAGCUGCAUUCAACUUCCCGAUGGCCAAUAUCGAUCAUUCAGCGUUGCUCGGUCUCAACACACAAUUGCAGCAGUCCGGUGACUUAGCCGUGUCCCCUCAAGGUGGCAGCACCGGCAGCCUACUCGGCGGCGUCAUAGUGCCCGGUGGCGGUACUAGUACCCCUAGCAAUAGUAGUAGCACCAACAACAACAACAACCAACCAACAAGCCAAGCAGUAGACCAACAACAACAAUCAUCACCACACCAUCACCAACAACAACAACAACAACAACUCCACCACCAACAACAACAUCAUUCCACAACACAUUCUAAACUAGGCAGUCCACAGUUGAAACAGGAGCAAAGCAGCAACAACAACAACAAUAAUAACAACAACAAUAGUAGCAGUGGCAAGGGGCAGGAUAUGCUACAACAACAACAACAACAGAAAAGCUCUAAGUCCAGUGAUAUGAUUGGAAGUGAAAGAAGUUUAUCGCGAUCCUCUCAAGGACUAGGAGAUAGUGCCACGCCCUCGCCUUCACCCAACGCCCAUUAUAUCAAGAGGGAGCGAGAAAGGGAGAGGGAGCGAGAAAGGGAGAGGGAACGCGAGCGAGAGCGGGAGAGAGAACGAGAUCAUGAUAUGGAUCAGCAUCAACGAUCGACAUCCUCGCCGCCGCCACCGCCCUCGCAUCACGCCCACUUUGGGCAACAUCCCCUGUCGUUGCUGCCCAGCCACCAUCAGUUGCAUGCCACACACCAUGAUCUGAGCGCUGCCGCUGCGGCCGCCCACCAUGCACACGCCGCCCACGCCCAUGCCGCCCAUGCGCACGCCCUGGCCCGGGCGGGUUCACCGCUGGAGCACCACCAUCUGUUGCAUCAUCGCCGCUCCUCGCUCUCGCCCUCAUCGGCUGUGGGCGGGGGUGGUGGUGGCGGCGGUGGGGGCGGCCAGGGUGGUGGCGGAUCGCGUGGUGGCGGUGGACCAACGGCCGCUGCAGCCGCCAGCCUGCUGUCAUCGGUGCGGGCACAGGACGUGGCCCAGGCCAAUAGGCUCCUGUUGCCGUUGCCACUGAACGCGUGCCAUAGAUGCGAUGUGUGCGGCAAGUUGCUGAGCACCAAGCUGACCCUGAAGCGCCACAAAGAGCAACAGCACCUCCAGCCCCUCAACAAUGCCGUGUGCAACCUGUGCCACAAGGUCUUCCGCACCCUGAACUCCCUGAACAACCACAAGAGUAUCUACCAUCGGCGCCAGAAGAACCAUCACUCGUACUUCCAUCAUGGCGGCGGGGUGGGGCAAGCCGGGAGCCCCGGCAGCCGGUUGCAUCAAUCGCUGAGUUCGCUGAGUGCCGCGGCCGCUGCCGCCAAUAGCGGUGUGGGCAGUGUGGGUGGGGCGGGCGCCGGUGGCGGUAAUGCUGUGGCAGCGGCUGCUGCUGCUGCCGCCGCGGCCGCCGAACUAUUAUUAUCGCCGAUUGUGGGAGCCGCUGCUGUUGCGGGCGGCACGGCCAGUUCAACGUUGCAACUGGCGGCGGUGCAUCAGCAGCAACAGCAACAACAGCAGCAACAUGCUGCAGCAGCAGCAGCAGCAGCGGCAGCCGUACAACAACAACAACAGCAACAGCAACAACAACAACAACAGCAGCAACAAUCCUCACCGGGAAUUGUGAAACCCUGUAUGGACUUCUUAUAAGAUCAGCAGCAACUCUUGCAGCAACUGUUCCAUGUGGCACUCAACAAUUCCGCAGCAGCAGCAGCAGCGGCAGCGGCGGCAGCAGCAGCAGCGGGUCCUGGCCCCGGAACAGAGGCAGUGGGAGCUGGCAAUAAUAAUCAUGGUAACAACGGUGGAGGAUCUGGAGGAGGAGUUGGUGGAGUUGGUGGCUUAGUUGGUGCCGGUGGGGAUUAUGGCGGUAGUUCGGGUAGCGGCACACCCACAGUGGACUUGACCCAAUUGGAGCAUUCGGCGGGACAUCAUUUGCAGCAUCAUUUGCCGCAACAUUUGUUGCAUCAACAUCCGGCACUGCCGCAUCCCCAUCAGUUGGGUGGGCAUCCGCAUUCCCAUCCGCAUUCGCAUUCGCAUGGACAUCCGCAUCAUCAGCAGCAUCCCUACGAACGCAUGAAUUUAUUAGACCAAUAAGCAAGGCGAUAUACACACACACACACACACACACGUGAAGGAUCAAAAAAGGAUCAAAAAAAGGAUAAAGAAAAAGGACAAGAAGGAUAAGGAGCAGAACCGACCGAUCGAUAACCGAGAAGGAGCAUAAAGCAUUUAGGAUAAAAGGAUACACUUGUAAUAUAUAAUAUUGAUAAAUGUCGAUAAUAAUUGAUAAAUAUCGAGCAUAUAUCGAUCAACCAUCGAUAUCGAUAUUUUUUUUUUUGGGAUCUCACAGAGCGGAAAAUUCAAAGACUUUUUCGGCCAGAACAAAAAUAAAAUAAAAAGAAAAUGGAAAUGAAAAACAAAAAACAAAAGAAACAUCGAGAAACUGAAAAAAGCUAAAAAUGCUUAAGUGAAAGCGAAAGAGAAAGGAGAGAAGAGGACAAGAAGACAAAAAGAAAAACAUUUUUAGGCAAAUGGAAAAACUGUGAUUAUUUACGACUUGAUUAUAAAGCAAGCAAAAACAAAAGUCUUUUACGAUAAAGCUAAACAUUAUAAAAAAAAAUUUAAAAAAUAAACUAAAAAAAAACAAAGAAAAAGAAAAAAUACACUGUAACACUCCCACUAAGAAUUAAACAGGUGGCACCGGAAUCCAACUCGUAACACAUAAGCAUAAUUUUUUUUUUUAAAUAAAUCGCCAUGCGUAGAUUGGAUAGAGUUUGUCAGAGUUUAGUAGAACUAGGCUAGGAGAAAAGUGAACCUGGCCAGAAGCAAGCUUUAGAGCCAGGCUAGAAGACUGUUACAAACAAACAAACACACACACACAGACAACACACUUGUAUGAUUUUUAGUGUGUGGUCCUUGACGAAAAAAAAAAACGUAAAAAUUCCUCUUUCAAAGUAAGAACAAAAAAAUAUAACUCAUACGACCUGUUGGCCAGCCACACGGCGUAUGAGUAAUAAACCUAAAUUUACUUAUUUUUUUUUUUUAUUUUUUGUGUAGAAAAAAGUUAACAUAUGGCCUUAAAAUACAAAAUUGUCAUACAAUCUAAGGACUGCACUCUAAUAUCAUCAUUAGAUCAUUAUUCAUUACAAC